GUUGCGCAGGCGCCGAUGCCGCAUCACUAUACUCUAUAGUUCAUGAUUCGUAAUACGAACUAUACCAACUUUUCUAUGGUGUUCGUACAAGGGAUAUCUCAGGACUUUGAACUUAUCACGUGAAUGAACUUGAGACAAUGCAAAGUGUGUGGUUACAGUUAUUAAGCUUGUGUGUCUGUCAGUGGAGUGUGUUAGCUCAGUUUGGAAGCAUAUCUCUAAGCAUAGGAUUAGGAGACAGUAAAAACGACGAUGAUCCGGGAAACUCACUGGAUUUCAGGGGUGCAUGUCCACCAAACACAUCGUGUGUUCCGAUCAGCUCUUGCGCACUGUUGGGAGAUCUUUUAGAUGUCUCGUGCUUUUCUUCGGACAAAUAUUUCCACCGCCUAAACCAGCUCACCUGCGGGCAGGUCGACAACGAAGACUACGUCUGCUGCCCCUCGUGCGACUGCGGGCGCGUGUACCAGCGGGGGGCGGAGCGGUGCGGACAGAGCAUGGUGCGCGGCGUCGACCACCACGGGCUCGGCGCGCACCCCUGGGUGGCCAGGAUCGGGUUCACUCACAAGGAGACUGGCAACGUGAGGUUUGCUUGCAGCGGGUCCAUUAUAUCGAAGCGUGUCGUGCUCACUGCUGCCCAUUGCGCCCUGGCUAAACCUGAAGGAUAUAAACUCUCAACAAUAGUAGUCGGAGAGUACGACAUCGGCAAGAGCCCCGACUGCAGCGAGUUCUUCUGCGCGCCGCCCACGCAGGCGCUGAAGGUGGAGCAUGUCAUCGUGCACCCCGGGUACGAGCAGAAGAUCUUCCGGCACGACAUCGCGCUUAUUGUGCUCAAGGAGGAGGUCAAGUACUCAGUGACAGCGGCGCCGGUGUGCCUCAAUGAGAAGCCGGAAAUUGUGCUGAACGAGCGAGCCUCGCUUGUCGGAUGGGGCAAAUUAUCCGGUCAAAACAGCCUGGUGAGCCGCCAACAACAGCUGCAAGUCCCAUUAGUACCUCUGGCGAACUGCGAGCGUAUCUUCGGCGAGUCGGUACCAGUGCAUGAGGGGCAGCUGUGCGCGGGGGGGGAGGAGGGGAGAGACGCCUGCUCCGGCUUCGGGGGCGCGCCGCUGCUGCUGAACAGAGACGGGAAGAGUGUGCAGAUUGGAAUAGUCUCGUUUGGAUCAGAGAACUGCGGCAGUGAAGGAGUCCCGAGUGUGUACACGAACAUCGCCCACUACUACCGGUGGAUCAUAGAGAACUCACCCUCUAGCUAGUAUGUACAUUAUUAAGUUAUUCUUAUAGUUAUUGUAAGGUGUAGAUUUAAGAUUGAUGAAAAAUAAAGUGAGAAAAUAAGUAUUAUCUUGGAAUCUGAU